CUCCCAGUAGCUCCCAGCAUCUCCCAGCAGGGACGAGCCGGAGGAGAACACAGACAUGGAGGUGAAGCAGGUAAUCUUGCAGGAGAGGUCUGUGGAAGUGAAACAACAACACAAGAAGACUGGGGUUUUGACUGCGGAGCUGGUUUCCAGUCGUGUGAACCAGCUCAGACGUGUGGGCACUGGGCUGCAGCACCUGUACUAUCAACUGUCUCUGCCUAAUCACAAUCUCAGCGACAUCUCCGUCUUAAGCAACUUUGUCCAUCUUCAAAAGCUGGAGCUGCCUCACAACAAAAUUCAAGAUUUGUCCUGCCUGAGCCACAUGCCCUACCUCGUCGUCCUGGACGCCUCCCACAACCACAUCUCCAACUUCUUUGGAUUCCAGCCACCCAAGAACUUAAAGGAGGUCAAUUUCUCCCACAACCGCAUGACAGCAAUGAAGGACCUGUCCGCCUAUUCAUCUCUGAGCAAACUGGAUCUAGACCACAACAGCUUCAGCGAGGUCAGUGGUCUGGAGAAAUGCAGCCGGCUCGCUCAUCUCAGCCUCGCGUGCAACAAGAUCUCCAGGAUCCACGGCUUGGACAACCUGCCGCUGAGUCAUCUCUGCCUCAGGGGGAACCGGCUGGAGAGGAUUGAAGGGUUGGAGAAUCUGAAGAGUCUGCAGGUUCUCGACUUGUCUCUGAACAGCCUCAGCAGCCUCUCUGGCCUCCAGAACCUCCACCUGCUGGGCUCCCUCAACCUGGAGAAGAACCUGAUUUGUGAGAUUCAGGAGUGUAAGCACAUUCACGAUCUUCUCCUGUUGAGGGACCUCAAUCUGCUGCACAACCCCGUCCAGGAGCAAAGAGACUACAGACUGUCAGUUGUUUAUCUUCUGCAACACCUCACUCUGCUGGACCAAGAGGAAGUCACUGCUAGAGAGAAGGUGGCGUCCGUGAACAAAUACGAUCCUCCGAUGGACGUGGUGGCCGCCCGAGAACACAUGACCCACCUCUUGUAUCAGCUGAUGCAGCCCCAGCUGCUCUACGACAGUACCUUGCCCAGUGCCGACUCUCCCUAUCCCAUGCUGGUGCUGACGGGUCCUCAAGGCUGUGGGAAGAGAGAGCUGGCCCACCGACUGUGUCAGGACUUUAACGAGUACUUUGGAUAUGGAAUUUGUCACACCACAAGGGAGCCAUACUUCGGGGAGGAGAAUGGAAAGGAUUACCAUUUUGUCACUGAAGAGGACUUCCAGACCAUGAUUCACAUGGAAGUGGAUCAAGGUAAGUUCAUGCAGACCUUGCAGUACGGGGGUCACAGCUUCGGGCUGAGCAGAGACGCCAUUGAGGACGUGGCCAGAGAAGGACUGGCCUGCUGUUUGCAUGUGGAGCUGGAGGGUGUGUUCAGUCUGAAGAACAGCUCCUUCGAGCCUCGGUACAUCCUCCUCAUCCCCACCCGAGAGGACAAGUACAGGGGCCACCUCAGGGGCCGAGGGCUCUACACCCCGGAGCAGAUCGACAUGGCCGCCUCCCGUCUGGAGCUCUACAGGAACACCAACAGGCAGCGGCCGGGCUUCUUCGAUGAAGUGAUCCCCUGUGAUGACUGGGAAGAAACGUACCCGACACUGAGGCAGGCAGUGAAAGAAUACCUGGUGCUGGAGGAGCAGGAAGAAGAACCCAACAACACAGCGCCCCCUGGCCACUCUCGUUUGGCCUCAGGUCCCGUGCGGGAUGAGAAGCCGGCGUCCCCCCCGUUGGGGUCAGGAUCAGUGAAGCUCACGUCCCACCUGGCCUCAGCUCUCGACCUCUCAGAUCCCGCCCACAGAAACUAUAUCACCAAGAUCCAGUUAGAGCUCGCCCCUCAGAAGAGCGCCGCGGAGCUGGCGUCCAUCAGAAGGCGGGAGCAGCUGGUUCGGGAGGCGAUAGUGGGGAAGAGUCCAGGGGUCUACAGCCAGCUCUUCAAAAGCUCUCCUCAAACAGCCCCGUCACCAGAGCAGGGUCAUGAUCCUGGUGCACAUUUCAGUGAUGAUCACAGCCUGGACGAGUCUCAGGCCAGUUCAUCUCUGUCCGUGCCCAGUUCAGCCGGGGCCCUGAUUGUCCCAGUGGCACCGCUCAAUACCGCUGACCCUGGACAAGCCUCGGAAACACUCGAAGAUGCCCUGGCCUCAGACCCCGCCCCUGACGCUCCCCAUCCAGACACAGAUCAACCGGCCGAGGACGUGUCCCCCUCCUCCGAUCGACGUCCCGGAUCCAACGUCAAGCCCAUCCUCCCCCCCAUCCCCACUGGGCGCAAGACCCCCGCGGCCCCCAGCCCGGCCCCCUCUCCCAGAGCAGUCGAAAAGGAAAGACAUGCAAACAAGAAGCAGUAG